CUUCUAAUUAAUAUAUAUUACACUCCCUUAAUUCUUUUUCCUCUCUUCAAUUCUUUUUACUAAUUACUAAUUACUGCAGUUAAAUUUAGAUUACAAUGCAGAAAAACGGAGGAACUGCAUGUGCUUCAUGCAAGCACCAGAGAAAAAGAUGCUCAAAGGAUUGCACACUUGCACCAUACUUUCCUGCAGAAAAAGCCAAGCAAUUCAAUGCAGUGCAGAAGGUUUUUGGAGUCAGUAACAUCACAAAGAUGAUAAAAGAAAUCAGUAACCCGGAAGAUCGGCACCGGACCGUCGAAGCUUUGAUUUGGGAAGCUGAGUGCAGGAUGGUGGAUUCAGUGCUUGGGGCUUAUGGACAGUACCAAAAAGUUUAUGAAAAAAAGAAAAAGCUUGAGGAGUUCAUAAAUAGUGCUCAAUUUAGUUGUUAUUUUACACAGAAUAAUUCAGUUCAAAACAAUAACAUUAAUCAUCAUCAUCAUCAACAACAACAACAACAACAGCAGCAGCAGCAGCAGCACUUACAACAGCAUCAUAAUUUUCAUGAGAAUAAUGUAAGCUUAGUUCCAAUGUGUUUGGAUAAUAAUACUGCUGUGAAUUAUCAACUGCAUUGCUAUGGGAGGAGUUCAGGUCAAAGUCAAACACAAGCUUUACAGUGUCCAGUGAGCACUGGGAGAAGUUUUAUUAAUGGAAGUAAUGGAAGAGGAGGUUAUAAUAUGCAUCAUCAUCAGUAUGUUGAUGGCCAAGGUCACAGUAAUUAUUCUCAUCAGCAAGGUAGUAAUCAAGGCACAUAAUUGGGUAAAAACUAAUUACCUUAUAAUUAUAUAUAUAUAUUCUGUUCUUUGGCUUUUGUUUUUACUGGGCUCUAACGUAAUAGAUUUUAUUUUUAUUUUUUUAUAAAAUUAUGUUUGAAAGUGUCUGAUUUAUUGUAAUGUACUAAUGUGUAUCUUAGAAAUAAAUACCUUACAAUAAAUUGAAAUGUAAA